AUGCUUUCGGAUGAGGGAUAUUUCCUUGAGGAGGGGUUGGAGCAAAGCUCCCCAGAAAGACCGGGAACCAGUCUUCAGCCAGCACUUCGAACACAGUUCAAGUUCAGAAUCAAGAGGGGGACCGCGGCCGCAUUCAGAAAGGCCAGGAGGCUCAACAAGAUAGCUCAGCAGAAGGUGGAGACGAUUAAAAGGCGGGCAAAGGAAAAGAACAUCGUAAAUGUUCAGAUUUUUCAUGUAACUGACAAUGAAGAAGAUUAUCUAAUGCCUGAAGAUGCAAAUGCUCUGGUUAAAGUUGAAUUUGUUUUAGUGACGAGAAAAUGUGAUGUUGGUAUUGGUAAAAGUGAACUGGAUAGGAGGCUUUACCUGAAUAGGUUGCGAGAGAUUGGCCUCAAUAUAAUGGAAAAAACUGGCAAGUUUGAUAUAUUCUUUGGAAUUCAAGCCCCUGAGAAAUUAUUUGAAAAAUAUAUACAUCUUCUGGAUAUUUCUGAAAGGACAUGCAGCAAUACUGGGCUGGAUACAGUCUCAAAGUCAACCAGAAUCCGAAUUAUAAAUUUUAUUCUCAGAAACACAUCCAUCCCAGGCAUUGGAGAUUCUAUGGACAGUGGCCUUCGUGAGUUACUGAGAAACAAGACGUUUCAUUCAGCUUUCCCACUUCAUGAGGCAAACAUUUGGAAGAAAGAACAUAUACUUCAAAAUCAGUGGGCUAAUUGGAAAAGCAUAUUUACCAAACAACCAAUCAACCACAUAAGGCUCUACUUUGGAGAGCGCCUUGCCUUGUACUAUGCCUGGCUUGGUUGGUACACUACGAUGCUGAUUCCUGCAGCAGUGUGUGGCACUGUUGUCUUUGUGUAUGGAUUAAUCACCUUUGGAAAUAAUCAAGUGAGUAAGGAGAUCUGUGAUGCCCACACAACUAUCAUGUGCCCACAGUGUGAUCAAAGGUGUUCAUUUUGGAGGCUUUCAGAUACAUGUGCCUAUUCAAAGAUUACAGAACUCUUUGAUCAGGAAAUAACGAUUUUAUUUUCAAUGUUCAUGGGAAUCUGGGCCACUAUAUUUCUGGAGUUGUGGAAACGAGCCAGAGCAAGAGUCAUCAGUGACUGGGAUUUGUUUCAUUGGGAUGAGGAUGAGGAGGAACUUGCUCUUGGGCUAAUAUACAAUCCUGAAGUACCACCGGUAGAAUAUCACUAUUUAUUUGUACAAAAAGCAGUAGUCUUGUUCUUGACAUUUGUUCUGAUCGUUAUUAUAACCUGUAUUGCGUUUGGCAUUGUUGUAUUUCGAAUUACUGUUACUGUCUCACUAUUGAGAGCACCAUUGGCUGUAGUGCGUGAAGGUGCUCAAUUAUUGGCUGUGAUGAUUAGUGCUGUUUUGCAUUUCAUCACAGUUCUAAUCAUGACCAAGGUCAAUUACGUUGUUGCAAGGAAACUUUGCGAAUUGGAAAAUCAGCGUACUAUGUUAGCUAAAGAAAACAGCUUCACUGUAAAAAUGUUCACGUUUCAGUUCUUCAACAUAUUUGCUUCUAUUAUUUACACUGCAUUUUUUCUUGGAAAAACUAAUGGCUAUCCAGGUAGUUAUGUGAGAAUAGGGAGGGACUGGCGACUGGAAGAGUGUCAUCCAAGUGGUUGCAUUAUGGAUCUAUUUCUGCAAAUGUCUGUUAUAAUGGUUUUGAAACAAAUUCUAGGCACCAUCAUGGAAUAUGCUGUCCCAUAUCUGCAAUAUAAAUGGAAGCAUCGGAAAAGAUACUUAGAUGACAAUGUGGAAGAUGUACCUAAGCAUUGGAUCAGAAAUUAUAACUUAAAUGACUUUGACUCCUACUCUGUAUUCAACGAGUUUUUAGAAAUGACAAUUCAGUAUGGUUUCACCACAAUAUUCGUUGCAGCCUUUCCAUUGGCUCCAUUACUAGCUUUUCUAAAUAACAUAUUUGAAAUUCGAUUGGAUGCCAGAAAGAUGAUAUGGCACUUCAAACGACCAAUACCACGGAAAGCAAAAGAUAUUGGAAUAUGGUUGAAAAUUCUGGAAGUAAUUGGUGUUCUUGCUGUUAUUGGAAAUGGAUUAGUGAUCUCUCUCACGUCAGAUUUCAUUCCUCGACAAGUGUACCUUUACAAAUAUGGUCCAUGUAAGGAUCAUAGUCCACAUAAAAUUGAUUGUAUGACUGGUUAUGUUAAUAACAGUCUCUCUGUUGUCCAUAUGAUGGAUUUUGAGAGAACAAUUCAACCUUCUGGUGAUGCAACAAAAUUGUUAGGACAUUCAGUAACAUACUGUAGGUACCGUGACUACAGAAAUGAAUAUACCCAAGAGCCCACUGUCCAGUAUUGGCAUAUACUUGCUGCUCGUUUGGCAUUUUUGGUUUUAUUUGAGAACAUUGCGGUUUGUGUCAAAUAUAUUGCAGCUUGGUAUAUUUCUGAUGUCCCAGUUUCAAUCCAAAAUGAAAAUCUACAGAGGACAUAUGAGCAAUUAAAAGAGGAGCUGAAGAUGAUGCUAGUGAAAAGUGCAGAAUCUUCAGUGGGUCAUGUACAAUAUCACCAAAUGAUAACUUGAUCACUGAACAAUGUAAAAAUAGAACUAUUGUACACCAAAGCUGUUUACUAGAGAAAACCCAAUUACAACUUGUCUGAUGACACAGUUUUAUAUUAUUGUACUAGAUUAAAAACACUUUGUCAAGCAAAUAUGACCUUUAAAAUAUACACUUCAAAUUGUUAAAUGCUGUCAGUGAAAAAUGUAUCAUCCAGCUAUCAAACUGAGCAAGAUCUUCUCCUGUCCAAUGCAUUCAAGUUGAUUAAUGUUCACAUUUCAUUGUACAAGAUUAAUUCAGAUCUGACAAAACAGGAGUCACUACAGCACAUUUUAAUUGUUCACCCAAUCCAGCAAAUCCAAGAUGCUGUGAAUACACUUGGGAUAAUUUUCUUAGAAGUGUAUAGUUAACACACUGGAAUUCCGGCUAUGUUGUGAGCAUUUGCAUUUGAAUAUGUUUCCCCUCUACUCUAUUUCUGCCAACAGCUCUGCCUUUGGAAAUUCAGGGAAUUGUAUAGAGCUGUAAAUCUUUGCAACUGAUUGUGCUUACAUUAAAGUAGGGAGAAAAAAAGUAUGUCUCUCUUCUUGUGUGUUUCUACUGAUGCUCACCCCUUCUACCUGAUUACAAUGAAAGAUCAGAGUAAGGGAAGGUUAAUGGACAAUUGUUACUUCAUGGGUGCAAAUGACCAUUCUAUGUUAGCAUAGAGAGUGGAUGUCUGCAGGAAAAUUUAAUCAUGGAUCAUGUUCUCGCUGAUCCUCUCCUGACCUGGAAUCCAUGCAUACACACCCCAUUUAGAGUCACUAGGUUGCAAUUGAUUAGAAGAAUUCUGGUUAGGUUUUCCUCCACUUCAGUCAGGACACUAAGGCCACUUCCACACUAGACCGGAUAAUUUUGAAAACGCCAGCUUCACGUAAAAACGAUAGGCGUCCACACCAGGCGUUCUUGAAAAUAUCUCCGUCCACAUUAAAACGGGUAUUUGGGGGAAUUUCCUCCUACUGGGCAUGCGCAGGACACAGGAAACAAGCGAAGAGGAAACGGUAUACUUGGUGCACGUUUGUCCAGUUACAGACUAGAACCACUGAAAAGGAAAUUGCCAAACAAAAGACUUGGUGCACGAUUAUCCAGAAACAUUUCCUACAGCCAUAGUCUUUUCACCAAUGAAAGGGACGACAGCUUCAACUAAAUGCAAUAAGGCUUGUUACUGGGCAAAAGUGAAAUUUGCUGUUACCUCAUUUGUUUGCCUUUACUUUUGCCAUGUCUUUGUGUAUUAUUUUGCUGUAUUUAACGUGCAAUAAAACAAGUUACUGGGCAAAAGUAACAAUUGCAUCUAUUGAAUGUUUGCACAAGGAA